AUGGAGGGCAUCAGUACUGAGGUAGUUAACAAUAUCAAAAUCACGGAUCCUUCGUCCAUUAAGCGAAAUCGCAUCCAAGUCUCUAAUACCAAAAAGUCCCUCUUUUUCUACGUCAAUCUCGCCAAAAGGUGCAUGCAGCAACACAACGAGGUGGAACUAUUUGCGCUGGGAAUGGCUAUUGCCAUGGUGGUUACUAUUGUUGAGAUUUUGAAGAACAAUGAACUGGCUAUUGAGAAGAGGAUCAUGACUUACACUGUUGAUAUGAGAGAGGAUGCAGGAGGGCAACCCAUUCAAAAGGCAAAGAUUGAAAUAUUGCUAGGGAAGUCGAAGAAAUUUGAUGAGUUGAUGGCUUCUGCUCAAGAGGAAGCCUUAGAUUACAAGGACUAG